AUGAACGGCAGCGACAGCUGGGGCAGCGGCAUACGUGGCAACUGGAGCGGCAACAGCGGUGGCGACUGGGACAGCGUGGACAACAGUGGCGACACGGGUCACAGCUGGAGCAGCAGCCACAACUGGGGCAGCGGCGUAGGUGACGACAGCUGGAAUAGCGCGCACGGCAGUGACAGCUGGAGCAACAGCGUAGGUGGCGACUGGGGCAGCAUGGGCGACAGUGGCGACGCGGGUCACAGCUGGAGCAACAGCGUAGGAGGCGACGGCUGGGCCAGCUACUGCGGUGGCGACUGGCGCGUGGGCCACAGUGUCGAGCGACAGCUGGAGCAGCAGCUUAAGUGGUGGAAAUCCUAG